AUGAGCACACCCCAGCAGAAUAGACCAGUGGCUUCCGGCACUUCAGCAAGUUCAAAAGGACCAAGAAGAAGGAAGCCACGAAACGGGAAAGGUCCCUCCAAACUUCAACAGAUCACUCGUCUUAUCAAUCAAUUUCCACCUCUUACAAUUAACGGAAUAGCUGUCACCGGCUUGAAAGAGACAGUGCCGGAAUACAUAAAAAGACUAUCUGAGAAAGAGGAAUGGAUCUACUUGUCGUUUCUUUUGCGACCUGAAGCAGAUUUUCCUUUUGAGUUGGAGUUUUUGAGUAUUUCACUAGGUAUUCCUCCAAAGUUAUCAACCAGACCAGAGAUCGCUGUGCUGAAUGACGACAUUCCAAGAGGCUACAGCCUAAAUAUUGAGAGCGGUUUUAAAGCUGUUGCCAACAAGGCAGUCAACUUAAAAACAAGAAGCUCAAACCCCAAAGGAAAGGGCAAGCCUACUGGCGGCGUUCUUCCAAAUAAUGAUGAUGACGACCUGGAACUUGUGGGAAUGGAUUUACUGGGAAUGAUUUUGACGCUAAGAAAAUACCUUGAAAAACUUUUAUCUCAGAAGAAGAAAGAAACAAUAAAAAUAGUCAAAUCUACCAGCGUCAAAGGUGACAGUUCGGGACAAAAAUCUGAAAAGUCCCUGCCUCAACCGAAAAAAGAGAAAGAACAGAAAGAAUCUAAUAUACCCAAGCACAUUCGAAACCUAAGAGAGUAUGAGUUGGCCCGUUUAGAGGCCCGUUUGAAACCGUUCAACAUUCGCAAAUUCAAAGAGAACAACUACAACACCGUUUAUAUAAUGACUUUACAAUUCAACCCCAUCGUGAUCAACAUCGAAGAUAUGGAGAAAAGCAUACACUCGUUGCCUAUUCGACUUUCUAUACCCAAGGAUUAUUUAUCCAAUGCAAAGAAGCCAGUCAAACUAGACGUAAUCAUGACAGAUCCAAUAAUAACUAACCUGACGUCAUCUUCAGAUAAAGGUUACAUGUUAGUGUUGAGUAAGCUGCUAAGCAAUAUUAUGAACAAUUUUACAACGAUGGCGACUGAAGAUCUGAAGAGAAAUGUGGAUUCUCUGGAACAGACCGACAGCACUGUCCAACCUGAAACACUUGAUACCAUCAGUCUUCCCCACACAGUUACCAGUCAAAUGAAUUAUUUCAUUGUUCACAUCGAAAAGUUUCUUCUAGAGCGAAGGGAUUUUUCCAAAUGCCGCGAAACUCUGGAUGCGCUAGAUAUCGUAAAGCCUAAUCUGGAAAUCUUCUCUGUUGUCUCUGAUCUCCCUAUGAGGAACACUCCAAUAGACGUUUCCAAGGAAGACGGAUUGGUGGAUCUCAACCGGAUAAUAAACCUCUCCGAUGAUAGUAAUGAGAACAUCCGACCUCCUUCUUUUCUAAAAGGAUCAAACACCAGGAAUUCUGACCCUUCUCUGGAUCGUGAUCUUUCCUUAGAUCAAGAUGAUACUUCCCGAAUAGGACUGGAUUCAGAUGGGGACAGGGUGCCACGCAAUGCUGAUGAUGAAAGGAGAACGAGGCGUGACUCCUUUCAGUUGCUGGGAUCUGUCGGCAUUGCUAGACGGAAAUCCAUUCAAUUGAUCUCACACUCAGUGGAUGCCAUUACCAAGAAGGGCCGUAAAAAGGGGGAUGCAACUUCCCUGGACCAGAACGAAAAUGAAAAUAGCAGAAUUUCACUGAUGUUUAACGAUUUGCUAAUACGGUACGAGUUUUCAGCUUCCAGCAGAGAAGAGUUAAAUAACCUUUCAAUCACCAAGAAGAUAGAGCUAUUGGAGAAGGAAUCACUAGGACAGCUACAGAAAAGAACAAUUAUCCAAGAUCUUGCCCCUUAUAAAUAUAGCAGCAAGCCUUCACAGAAAUACUCACCAAAGUGGUAUGUCGAAGCAUUAAUGUCCCAGAGAAUGACUGUUAAACGAUUGGGCACCCUUGAGAAUCAGCUACGCAAUGAAACAAAUCUAUGGAUCCAGGAUUUUUUAAUGCUACAAGGCCAUGUUGCAAUUUCUGUGCAGCUCACAGCUAUUUUGAAGAAGUCACUGAAAACUAAUGAUGAACUGCAGCAGGAAAGUCUACUGCUGUAUUGCUUGAAGAACAUUGCGAAUCGCAAAGAAGGCUCAGACUUGGCCGUCGAGUCAAAUCAGUUGAUAUCGUGCUUACUACAAUGUCUUCUAUCGACCAGAAUUAGUGUUAAAAACGUGAGCACAGAUAUUUUAGCCUUGUUAAGCCUUUGGAAACCUCCCAAAGGACGCGCUGUUAUCAUGGCUAAUAUGGCAAGUUUGGUGUCUCAAACUAAACAAACUGAAAACUCGAUUUCUCUUUUCCGUCCCUGGCUGGCCAGCGUUUUGGAAUCUUUGGAAGACUACCAUUUCCUGAAACAAUCUGACACCCCUUCUCAACUUAUAGACCUGCUGAACAACUACUUUCUUGUGACUGUUUUUCUUGUACUAUCGUUAGUGGAAGGAAACACAGAUAUUAAUGAACGACGGCAUAUCAGAAGUCAGCUAAAUGCUGGUGGACUGCUUGAAAUUCUGGAGAAGCUAAAGAAUAUUGAUUCCUACGCCAUUUUAGAGCAAGUCGAACGAUAUGAAGCUUUAGAAUUUGAAGAUGUUGAUUCAGAUACUGACUCUGCUAAUUACUCUGUGCACAUGCCACCCUUGGAUGGUAUUUGGGAAAGUUUGGAUGAGAACAAUCGACUGUAUUUUAAAUCUAUCAUGAGUCAUUUAUUGGAAAUGACAAUGAAUUUGGAAUCACCCAUAAGUUCCAAGAUUUUGGACUUGGUCAAUUACCUUGUACAGCACAUUUGCAAAGAGUCCAAAAAGAUAGGAUUGAACCCUGAAAGUGUUUUCAAUAUUGGUUUAAGCAGGUAUUUGGACAGAGUUCACACUGAUGACUUGGCUACGCGAGCCAUUCAGGAUGUAAGAGAAGCUCUAAAUUUGGUUGACCUCACCCAGGAUGAAAAUAAUAGACUAAAAUCUUUACUGUUGAAUGUUCUGAAAAAUGGCUUAAAUGAGAAUACAUCACAUCAAAUUGAAGAUAGUCUGCAAGGUUUCGAUCAGAUUUAUUACGAUGAUAAAGAAAACAGCGCUGUUAAUGCUGUCAAGGGUAACUCCUUGACACCACCCACUACCAACUGGUGGAAUCAUUCUGAUAUUAAACGAAAAGAUUCCGCUGCAAGGACUAACUUUAUUUCCAAAGUAACCAACAGUCAACUCAAACGAUUAAGGGAGGAGAGGCAGGAAAACACUAAUUUCGUUCAUAAUAUCGAUCGUUCCAUGGAAGGUAGUAGCCUAAAUGAGCCAGGCUUACGAAUGUAUGGACAAUCCUUUGUUUCUGCUUUAAAGGAUGAUACUGAUAGUAAGCAGAGUGCUCGAUACGGUUUGGCAAAUCACACAAGCGAUGGUGCUGGCAAAGAUCCAAUUUACACUUCCGAUUUUGACGACGCAGUCCGUUUAGGAGAAGGUUCUGGCAGGGGUUAUGGGCUUGGGGUUUCGGUGCUGGUAAUGGGCCAGGUUCAGGUCCGGGUCUGGGUGCUGGUGAUGGCCCUGGUUUGGGGUCCAGGUUUCGGUGCUGGUAAUGGGCCAGGUUCAGGUCCGGGUCUGGGUGCUGGUGAUGGCCCUGGUUUGGGUCCUGGUUUGGGUCCUGGUUUGGGUCCUGGUUUGGGUCCUGGUUUGGGUCCUGGUUUGGGUCCUGGUUUGGGUCCUGGUUUGGGGUCCUGUACGUUAUCUGCACCACCGCCACCACCUCCUCCUCCGCCUCCACCUCCUCCUUUACCACAAUUGCUCCAAGCAAAGACUGCACUUCCCCCGCCUCCACCUCCACUUCCCGAAAACUUGAAGGUUAAUUCUUCGUGUUCAAUUCCUCCACCGCCACCGCUGCCAGGCGCUCCUCCGAUUCCUGACUUUCUCAAUAAACCUAGCAUCACAAUGAAAGAAGAGAUAAAGGUGCCGGACUUCUUGACAAAGAUACCCAAACCCAAGUUGAAACUGAAACAAAUCCAUUGGGACAAAAUAGAAAAUGUGGACAAAACAUUUUGGGAAAAUCUGUCUGACUCUCAAAUGGUAGUUGAAAUAUUGGACAAAGGCCUACUUGGAGAGGUAGAAUCGCUGUUUGCUGCCAAAAAGAGUCUCGUAUUAUCUAAGACUAAGCCAAAGUGCAACCCCACAGAUGAAUCAAAUCGUGUCAAAGUAUCGUUAUUGCCUAAAGAAAUGGCUCAACAUUUUGAAAUUAAUCUUCAUAGUCUGGGAUCACUAUCAGAAAUGGAGCUGGUCUCUAAAAUUCUGCACUGUGAACCCGAGAUUAUUAACAAUACCAGUUUACUUGAAUUCUUCAAUGGAGAUGAAUUAGUUGAUGUUUCAGGUCAUCUAUUGAAGAAAUUUCAAGAAUAUGAAGCUGAAAAUGAUCCUAAUGAGUUGGAACGUCCUGAUAGGUUUUUCCUGGAACUUUGCUAUAAGCUUAGAUCGUACUGGAAAUCUCGAUCACGUACAUUAUUGCUCGUGUCUACAUUCGAAAAAGACUAUCAGGAUCUGAGCUCGAAGUUGAAUAAAUUAGACCUUGCUAUUGAGAGCUUGAAAACUGGAGAGCUUUUGGUUCAAGUUUUUGAUGUCAUCCGAGUAGUGGGAAACUUUAUGAAUGAUGAUAAUAAACGAGCCCAAGGUUUCAAGUUGUCUACUUUGAAUAGACUAAAGUUUCUGAAAGGAAACAACAAUCGGACCACAUUUUUACAUCACAUUGAGAAGCUGAUUCGAAACCAUUUUCCUGAACUUUGUGGAUUUAUUGAUCAACUUGAAGCUAUCACAAAGGUUACAACUUUAGACAUUGAAAAUCUAGAGAGAGAAUGCCAAGAUUUUGGCAAGAAAAUUGAAAAUAGUAUUUUAUCCAUUGAUAAAGGUAACUUGCGUAAGGUCGGAGAAAUCAACUCUUCUGACAAAGUUAUUGAAGUUGUCAAACCCUUACUUGAAAAAGCAGAGAGAAAAAAUUUGGUAUUACAGUCUCAUUUGAAACGAUCUUUUACUGCACUUGAUAAUGUCAUGUUAUACUUUGGCGAAGAUCCGUCUGAUAUAGACUCUAGAGUAACCUUCUUCUCCAAGCUAGCCAAUUUUAUGGAUGAAUACAAAAAGGCACAUUUGGAGAACGUGAGGAAAGAGGAAGAAGAAAAGUCUCUAGAAAUGAGAAAGAAAAUGGUGGAGAGUUUUAAACUAAAGAAACAAGAUCACCUAGAUAACCUUCGUACCACGCAGCAUAAAGGUGAUGAUAUGGUGGAUCAACUACUAGCCCGACUGAAAAGUGAAACGCAUUCAAGGGUAAAAGCACGCACCAAAGAAGGAAGAGAGAGACACACCAAAAUCAAGGAUACCCUGGCUGAAAAUAAUCAAACAGCGAAAGACGAUGACUUGAACAAGAACAUUCAACGAAGGGCUCACAAGAUGCUGGAAGAUUUGAUCCAAAAUGGUAACAAGAAAUUCAAGCACAGAGAACAAUCAAAAAGCCCUACAAUACUCCAAGAAACUGAUAAUUCACUUCCUCGGUUUGCAUUGAAUCCUGAUAGCGCUUUGAACUCUCCAAAAACUCCGAAUAGGUCCUCUGACCAGUUAAGGAGCCCAAGAUCAUCGUCUUCGGUCAGGUCGAGAAGAGUAACUGCGGAUGGCUUAACCUUGAAUGAGCUCUAUGAUGAUAUCAAAACAUCGCCGUUGAAGCUGCCUUAUGAGAUGUGGGAUUUAGGAGGAAUAGAGAACAUACUACUAUCUCCAAUGAAGAGAGAAUAA